AUAUAUUCCAUCACCCGAGCAUCAUCGGCAAACAAUCACGUGUCGAGCCUCGAACUACAAGCUGAUGAGUGGAAACUCGAUCGAAGAUCAUCGAACCCUGGAUGUAUUCUUUGCUCCAAGGGUUGAGCUUAAACUAGGACCUGCAGUUAAUCCGAAGGAUCUGGAGGAGGGGGAUGAUCUGUAUUUUGAAUGUCAUGUAAAAGCACAUCCUCCAGUUUACAAGAUUGUUUGGAAAUAUAAUGGUCGGGAGCUGUAUCCUGGACAAGAUCAGGGAAGGAUUGUUUUCAACCAAAGCCUCGUGAUUCAAAAAGUCAGAAAGGAGGACUCCGGAAACUAUUCCUGUCAAGCCUACAAUGUUGAAGGACAGCAGGAAUCCGUCCCAGAAGUUCUAGACGUCAUGUAUGCUCCUCGGUGUGUAAGCACCCAGAAGAUGAUCUAUGGAGUAUCCGAGGGAGAAACAGCUUAUAUCUCCUGUAUGAUCGAUGCUAAACCUAAACCUGAUCAAAUACUUUGGUAUAUGAACACUACCUCAGGGAACAGAAUAAUUCCUGGAGCUAUGUCGACCAAUAUGGCUGGAGCUAGUCUUCUCUCCUAUCGACCUACUACUCAGGAUAUACGCCUCUAACCUCAAGGGUCGAAGUAAAGCAGAGAUGAUUAGAUCUCAGACAUUAGCCUAUGACGGGGUUGGGUUCCCCUUGCAGAAUGAUAAAGAUGGCGAUGAUGAUAGUUUCUCUCUUCUAAUUGUUCUCAUCUUUGUAUCCGUCAUCCUCUUCUCAUUAACAGGAAUAGUGAUAAGUGUUGUACUCCGGUGUCUAGCAUCUCCUAGUCCUGUCUGCACACAGGGAACCAGCUUACAACAGUCAAUUAACUUCCAAUUUCAGUCAACAGGGGGAACCAACGAUUCAUAUUCACAGAGCAGAGAAAGAGAGAAGCCUGGACAAUCGGAUAUAUACCAUCAGAGGCGAUCGAUGAGAGGUAAAGACGACACCACCAGCCUGUGUAGCUCAGACAGCUCGGGCUUUUCAGAAAUCAACAAUUCGGAUUCAGAUAAGCAAUUGGUCUACAGAAAUCUCAGAGAGUCAACGCAAGAUCAUAAGCUUUUCUCCCCUCAGGAGCUUCAUCGAUCACCUUAUCCUGCAGAGGUUCGAACCCUUGGCCGAGGUCGCAGUAGUCUUAAUCAGUACAAAUACUGUUCCCUUCAACGGUAA